AUAAAAAAUUAAACGCGCAGUAAAGCUGGCCAAUCCUUCUAUAUCCGAUCCAUUUUCACUAACCUUUUCCAAAAAAAGAAACAAAUCUAAACCCGCCACCUCCUCCUCACGAAUACCUAGUUGCAUUUUCUUGUUUUUCUUUUAAUGCGAUGUCUCUACGUUACCAUCCCGGGCCUCCGUCGGGACCGCCCCGAACCGCUUCGCCUGAAGAUGAACCUUACAACAUAAUCCCCGUCCACAACCUCCUCGCCGACCACCCUUCCCUCCGUUUCCCUGAAGUACGCGCCGCCGCUGCCGCUCUACGCGCCGUUGGAGAUUUACGGAAGCCACCUUAUGCACAAUGGCACCCUGCCAUGGAUCUCCUGGACUGGCUGGCUCUAUUCUUCGGUUUCCAGCACGACAACGUCAAGAACCAGAGGGAGCACCUCGUCCUCCACCUGGCCAACGCCCAGAUGCGGCUCUCCCCUCCGCCGGAUAACAUUGACACACUUGAUGCUGGCGUCCUCCGUAGAUUCCGCCGAAAACUCCUAAAAAACUACACUAAGUGGUGCUCUUAUUUAGGCAAGAAGUCGAACAUAUGGAUCUCCGAUAGCAGCCGCUCCAACUCUGAUCAGCGGCGUGAGUUACUCUACGUGGGGCUUUAUUUGUUGAUAUGGGGCGAAUCUGCGAAUCUCCGUUUCAUGCCUGAAUGCAUCUGCUACAUCUUCCAUCACAUGGCCAUGGAAUUAAACAAGAUUCUCGAAGAUUACAUCGACGAAAACACUGGUCAGCCUGUUAUGCCGUCGAUAUCAGGGGAAAACGCGUUUUUGAAAUUUGUCGUGAAGCCGAUCUACGAGACUGUAAAGUCAGAAGUUGAGAGUAGCAAGAACGGAACGGCGCCGCAUACUGCUUGGAGGAAUUAUGAUGAUUUGAAUGAGUAUUUUUGGAGUAAUAGAUGUUUUCAGAAACUCAAGUGGCCGAUUGAUGUGGGCAGUAAUUUUUUUGUUAUUUCUAGUACAAGUAAACAUGUUGGGAAAACUGGGUUCGUUGAGCAGAGGUCGUUUUGGAAUCUUUACCGGAGUUUUGAUAGGCUUUGGGUGAUGCUGUUUUUAUUUCUUCAGGCUGCGAUUAUUGUAGCUUGGGAAGGGAAGGAGUAUCCAUGGCAAGCGUUGUCAAGGAGGAAUGUUCAGGUUAAGGUAUUGACAGUGUUCAUUACUUGGAGUGGGAUGAGGUUUUUGCAGUCUUUAUUAGAUGCAGGGAUGCAGUACAGCCGUGUUUCAAGAGAAACCUUAGGGCUUGGCGUUAGAAUGGUGUUAAAGGCGGUUGUUGCUGCUGCUUGGAUUGUGAUUUUUGCGGUUUGUUAUGGAAGGAUCUGGACGCAGAGGAACCAUGAUAGAGAGUGGACCGCGGAGGGUAACAGGAGGGUGGUCCUUUUUCUACAAAUUGCAUUUGUUUAUGUGUUACCGGAGUUAUUGGCAUUGGCUUUAUUUGUGCUUCCUUGGAUCAGGAACUUUAUUGAGGAGACCAAUUGGAAAAUAUUUUACCUAUUGUCUUGGUGGUUUCAGAGUAAGAGUUUUGUUGGUCGAGGAUUGAGGGAAGGGCUAGUUGAUAAUAUUAAGUAUACUCUGUUUUGGGCACUGGUUUUAGCUACGAAAUUUGCAUUUAGUUAUUUCUUGCAGAUUAAACCGAUGAUUAAACCGACCAAACAAUUGUUGGAUCUUAAGGAUGUGAAUUAUGAGUGGCACGAGUUUUUUGGUGGUAGUAACAAAUUGGCUGUUGGUUUGUUGUGGUUGCCUGUCGUGUUUAUUUACUUGAUGGAUAUCCAGAUUUGGUAUUCAAUUUAUUCCUCCUUUGUGGGGGCGGGAGUGGGUUUAUUCCAGCACUUAGGUGAGAUUAGAAACAUCCAGCAGUUGAGGCUGAGGUUUCAGUUCUUUGCGAGUGCAAUUCAGUUCAAUCUGAUGCCAGAGGAGCAGUUAUUGAAUGCUAGAGGAACGUUUAGGAGCAAGUUUAAUGAUGCUAUCCACCGGUUGAAGCUGAGAUAUGGGCUCGGGCGACCUUACAGGAAGCUUGAAUCAAACCAGGUUGAGGCUCACAAGUUUGCUUUGAUAUGGAAUGAGAUAAUUUCCAUUUUCAGGGAAGAAGACAUAAUCUCUGAUCAUGAAGUUGAGCUACUAGAGUUGCCCCAGAAUUCUUGGAAUGUCAGUGUUAUUCGCUGGCCAUGUUUUUUGCUAUGCAAUGAGCUGUUGCUUGCUCUCAGCCAGGCAAAAGAGUUGGUGGAUGCUUCUGAUAAAUGGCUUUGGUAUAAAAUAUGCAAGAAUGAGUACAGACGUUGUGCUGUGAUUGAAUCUUAUGACAGUAUCAAGCACAUGAUGCUUGAAAUCCUGAAUGUCCAGUCUGAGGAGCGUUCCAUUCUCACUGUUUUGUUUCAAGAAAUUGAUCAUUCUAUUGAGAACGAGAAGUUCACCAAGACAUUCAAAAUGACUGCACUACCCCAGAUUCAUAUGAAGCUGAUAAAACUUGUUGAGAUAUUGACUAAGCCCAAGAAGGAUGUGAACCAGGUGGUAAAUACAUUGCAGGCCCUUUAUGAGAUCGCUGUCCGAGAUUUUAUCAAAGACAAGAGGACCAUUGAACAGCUACGGGAGGAUGGGUUGGCGCCUCGUGACCCUGCUGCCAUGGCAGGACUGCUGUUUGAAAAUGCUAUUAAGUUGCCUGACCCCAGUGACCAGAAGUUCUAUCGGCAGGUUAGGCGCUUACAUACAAUUCUUACCUCCAGGGAUUCUAUGCAUAAUAUUCCAGUUAAUCUUGAGGCAAGACGUCGAAUUGCAUUCUUUAGCAACUCACUCUUUAUGAAUAUGCCUCAUGCACCCCAAGUAGAGAAGAUGAUGGCUUUUAGUGUCCUUACGCCUUACUACAAUGAAGAGGUGCUUUACAGCAAAGAACAGCUCCGAACAGAGAACGAAGAUGGGAUUUCUAUCCUAUAUUAUUUGCAGACCAUAUAUGAUGAUGAAUGGAAAAAUUUCAUGGAAAGAAUGCAGCGAGAAGGAAUGGUAAAGGAUGAUGAGAUAUGGACAACCAAGAUGAGAGAUCUGAGGCUCUGGGCAUCUUACAGAGGCCAGACACUUUCACGCACUGUCAGAGGAAUGAUGUACUAUUAUAGAGCUCUGAAGAUGCUCGCUUUUCUUGAUUCUGCAUCAGAGAUGGAUAUUAAGGAAGGUGCACGAGAACUUGGUUCUAUGGGGAGAGAUGGUGGUUUGGAUAGUUUCAACUCUGAGAGGUCACCUUCUUCCAGGAGUUUAAGCAGAGCAAGUAGUUCUCUGGGUCUGCUAUUCAAAGGCCAUGAGCAGGGCACCUCUUUGAUGAAAUACACGUAUGUGGUUGCCUGCCAGAUAUAUGGUGCUCAGAAGGCCAAAAAGGAUCCACAUGCUGAAGAUAUCUUGUAUCUGAUGAAACACAAUGAAGCCCUUCGAGUUGCCUAUGUUGAUGAGGUUUCGAUGGGGAGGGAUGAGAAGGAGUAUUACUCUGUUCUUGUGAAGUAUGAUCAGCAAUUGCAGAAGGAGGUGGAAAUCUAUCGUGUCAAGUUGCCUGGUCCAUUGAAGCUUGGAGAGGGCAAACCAGAGAAUCAAAACCAUGCCUUUAUCUUCACCCGUGGUGAUGCGGUUCAAACUAUUGAUAUGAACCAAGACAACUAUUUUGAGGAGACACUGAAAAUGCGCAAUCUCUUGGAGGAAUACAGGCACUACUAUGGUAUUCGAAAGCCCACUAUCUUGGGAGUCAGGGAACACAUUUUUACUGGUUCUGUUUCAUCACUUGCUUGGUUUAUGUCAGCUCAAGAAACAAGUUUUGUUACUUUGGGACAGCGUGUAUUGGCAAAUCCUCUGAAAAUUCGAAUGCAUUAUGGCCAUCCAGAUGUCUUUGACAGGUUUUGGUUUUUGACUCGGGGAGGGAUCAGUAAAGCUUCCAGAGUGAUUAAUAUUAGUGAGGACAUUUUUGCUGGCUUUAAUUGUACUUUGCGAGGAGGCAAUGUCACUCAUCAUGAAUACAUCCAGGUUGGUAAAGGAAGAGAUGUUGGGUUGAAUCAAAUAUCCAUGUUUGAAGCCAAGGUUGCUAGUGGGAAUGGUGAGCAAGUUCUCAGCAGAGAUGUCUAUAGACUGGGUCAUAGACUGGAUUUCUUCAGGAUGUUAUCAUUCUUUUAUACUACUGUGGGAUUUUUUUUCAAUACAAUGAUGGUCAUUCUUACUGUAUAUGCUUUUCUGUGGGGCCGACUUUAUCUGGCUCUUAGUGGUAUUGAGAAUGCUGCCCUAUCUAACAACAGCAACAACAAUAAAGCCCUUGGUGCCAUCUUAAAUCAGCAGUUAAUCAUUCAACUUGGUCUUUUCACUGCCCUCCCAAUGAUAGUGGAGAAUUCCCUUGAGCAUGGAUUCCUUCAAGCUAUCUGGGAUUUCUUGACAAUGCAGCUUCAGCUUUCAUCAGUUUUCUACACAUUCUCCAUGGGAACCCGUACUCACUUCUUUGGCCGGACUAUCCUUCAUGGUGGUGCAAAGUAUAGGGCAACUGGCCGCGGUUUUGUUGUGCAGCACAAGAGUUUUGCAGAAAAUUACAGACUGUAUGCACGCAGCCAUUUUAUAAAGGCUAUUGAGCUUGGUCUCAUACUUACAGUUUAUGCAUCUCACAGCCCCGUAGCUAAGGACACGUUUGUUUACAUAGCUAUGACUAUCUCAAGUUGGUUUCUGGUCCUAUCAUGGAUUAUGGCCCCUUUCGUCUUCAAUCCUUCUGGUUUUGAUUGGUUGAAGACUGUUUAUGAUUUUGAUGAAUUUAUGAACUGGAUUUGGUACCGUGGUGGUGUGUUUGCACAGGCUGAACAGAGCUGGGAGAGAUGGUGGUAUGAGGAGCAGGAUCAUCUCAGAACAACUGGCCUCUGGGGAAAGCUACUGGAGAUAAUUUUAGACCUUCGGUUUUUCUUUUUCCAGUAUGGGAUUGUAUAUCAGCUGGGUAUUGCUGCUCAUAGUACCAGUAUUGCUGUAUACUUUCUGUCUUGGAUCUACAUUUUUGUGGCAUUUGGAAUUUAUCUGAUAAUCUCAUACGCUCGGGACAAAUAUGCCGCUAAGGAACAUAUAUAUUUUCGUCUGGUUCAGUUCCUGGUCAUCAUUCUUGGAAUACUUGUUAUAAUUGCACUGCUUGAGUUUACAUCCUUUAAAUUUAUUGACAUUUUCACCAGUUUAUUGGCUUUUAUUCCCACUGGCUGGGGACUUAUAUCAAUUGCCCAAGUGCUUCGGCCCUCUCUGCAGUCUACCACGCUUUGGGAUUCUGUGGUUUCUGUGGCUCGGCUAUAUGAUAUACUGUUUGGAGUUAUUGUAAUGGCCCCUGUGGCAUUUUUGUCAUGGAUGCCUGGGUUUCAGUCAAUGCAGACAACGAUCUUAUUUAAUGAAGCAUUUAGCCGGGGUUUACGGAUCUUCCAGAUUGUUACAGGAAAAAAAUCUAGCGACUUGUAAUUUGAGAUAACUUAUCAGCACUUACUAGUUGGAUUCAUAGUUCACUUUUGUCCAGAUAUAUAUAUAUAUAUAUGUAUAUAUAUAUUAUAAUUAUUCUGUUGUCUGAUUAUUUAUUUAUUUACUAGUUGAAAUGCUAAUGGUAAUCAGUGAUUAGACUUAUACUUUUGCGUAAUGCUGUUUGACUAGGUUCACUUAUGUAUUUUGUUUCUUUUCCAAAGUUUUGAUUUUAUAUUUCCUAAGUGAGAAACAGUGAAUGGUUCUUGUCAAUUCAUACUUCUGCUUCCUUGUUCAUAACUGUCUUUUAAAACUCUGAAUUCCAUUCAAUUGUCUAUUUCUCAUUUAUUGCUAAUUUUUUGUGUUAUAAUGUAUAUUAGAUGCCUUGAGAUUUUUUCUUUUGUUCUUUCAGCAAAUGGAUUCUGAUUGUAUAGAGUAUGGACUUCGAUGUUUUUAUGGUUCUGCUAUUGCAUAGGCCAUCGCAUUUUUUUCCUUUCCAUUUUUGGUCUUGGCAGUUAGUAUUCAUCUCCUAUGUUUCAUUUAUUGGAAUAAGUUAGGGCUGAGGUGGUUCUUGCUGUAUCUUAAGCUCUGCUAGUUGGGUUAUGUUUUGAAUUUGACUUGUUAUGCCGCAGGCUGCAAAUAAUCUUUAUUGGAUGGUGGAAAUUGGGGGGUAGGAGGUUUAUAGAGUUUUUAUUUCUUUCUUUCUUGCCAUGGAUACAGAAAUUUUUGUAGCUUUUUGCUAUUAAAGAUUUAUUGUCUACUGAAUAUUUGUCUUUUUGUUUAAUCAUGGCCAUGCAUUGCCUUUCCAUAUGGUCUCUCAAAGACUGAAAUCACAAUAAGGUGUCUUGCCUCUCAGGUUUGUUCUGUUUUGGGUCCACUCUCCUCUGUUUAAGGUGCUUCCUUUUGUCUACCUGAGAAAUAAUCUGUGUCACAUUCCAGAUUGCCAUUAGGGAUACCCUGAAUUAUUGAGGUCAAAGUACUCAAAACAAAAAUUGUGUAUAACACAUUGUGUAUCAAUUGAAUCCUGCUAUUGCUGUGUAGUUUUAGAAGAAACUAGCAGAA